UGGUUUGGAGCUUCGCUUCCGGCCGCCCGGAAGGUCGGCGGUUCGGUCCCAGCGUCCCAGUGAUUCUGGAGUUCCUUUAUUGGUCCCGCGGGCGCGGCCGUUGGAGGCAGCGCGGUCCGCACGCGCGUGGCGAAUCUGCCGCUACGAAUCGGCGGGCGUGGCGCCGGCGGCCUCGCGAGAGUGCGGCACAGACGGAGGCGGUGCGACGGGCCUUGCGGGCUGAGGGCCGCGGGCGGAGAGCGGGUUGGUGAGCGGCAGGGGGCCGGUGGGGCCCCGCGGCUCCAACAUGACGGGCCGCGUCUGCCGCGGUUGCGGCGGCACGGACAUCGAGUUGGAUGCGGCGCGCGGCGACGCGGUGUGCACGGGCUGCGGUUCGGUGCUCGAGGACAACAUCAUCGUGUCCGAGGUGCAGUUCGUGGAGAACAGCGGCGGCGGCUCGUCGGCAGUCGGCCAGUUCGUGUCGCUGGACGGUGCGGGGAAAACCCCAACCCUAGGCGGCGGCUUUCAUGUGAACUUGGGAAAGGAAUCAAGAGCACAGACCCUACAGAAUGGGCGGCGCCACAUCCACCACCUGGGGAGCCAGUUGCAGCUGAACCAGCACUGCCUGGACACAGCCUUCAACUUCUUUAAGAUGGCUGUAAGCAAGCAUCUUACCCGAGGACGGAAAAUGGCCCAUGUGAUUGCUGCCUGCCUCUACUUGGUUUGCCGAACGGAAGGCACACCUCACAUGCUCCUCGACCUCAGCGACCUGCUCCAGGUUAACGUGUACGUGCUGGGGAAGACCUUCCUGCUCUUGGCGAGGGAGCUUUGCAUCAACGCACCAGCUAUAGACCCAUGCUUGUACAUUCCACGCUUUGCGCAUCUACUGGAAUUUGGGGAGAAGAACCAUGAGGUAUCCAUGACGGCCCUGAGGCUUCUGCAGAGAAUGAAAAGGGAUUGGAUGCACACAGGCCGGCGCCCCUCUGGCCUCUGUGGAGCAGCACUUCUGGUUGCAGCCAGAAUGCAUGACUUCCGGAGAACGGUCAAAGAAGUCAUCAGCGUGGUCAAAGUAUGUGAGUCCACACUGCGGAAGAGGCUCACAGAAUUUGAAGACACUCCAACCAGUCAGCUCACUAUUGACGAGUUUAUGAAGAUUGACCUGGAGGAGGAGUGUGACCCGCCCUCAUACACCGCUGGACAGAGGAAGCUGCGCAUGAAGCAGCUGGAACAGGUCCUGUCCAAAAAGCUAGAAGAAGUAGAAGGUGAGAUAUCCACUUACCAGGAUGCCAUUGAAAUUGAGCUAGAAAACAGUCGGCCAAAGGCUAAAGGGGCUCUCGCCAACUUGUCAAAGGAUGGCUCCGGUGAGGACGCCACAUCCAGCCCGUUCUGUGAGGAAGACACUGAGGAUGAGGAGCUCGAGGCUGCUGCCAGCCACAUGAACAAGGACUUUUACCGAGAGCUCCUGGGGGCUGAUGGCGGCUCGGAGGCAGCAGAAGACCCUGAUGGGGGCAGCAGACCCCUUGCCCUGGAGUCCCUGCUUGGCCCCCUGCCCACAGCAGCCAGCCUGGGCAUCUCAGACUCCAUCCGAGAGUGCAUCUCCUCCCCGAGUGGAGACCCCAAAGACUCUUCAGGGGAUGGGGAGCUGGACCUCAGCGGCAUCGAUGACCUUGAGAUUGACAGAUACAUCCUGAACGAGUCAGAAGCCCGGGUAAAGGCUGAGUUGUGGAUGCGGGAGAAUGCUGAGUACCUGCGGGAACAGAAAGAGAAAGAAGCAAGAAUAGCGAAGGAGAAGGAGCUUGGCAUCUAUAAGGAGCACAAGCCCAAGAAGUCUUGCAAACGCCGGGAGCCAAUCCUAGCCAGCACAGCCGGGGAGGCUAUUGAGAAGAUGCUGGAGCAGAAGAAAAUCUCCAGCAAGAUCAACUACAGUGUGCUGCGGGACCUUAACAGCAAGGGUGGGGGCAGCCCGCCCAGGGACGACGCGCAGCCUCCAGAGCACACCAGCACCAAGAAGCUGUCACGGAGGAAAAGAGCAGCUACCAGGAACAGUGCUGAUCCUGGGACAAGCAUAGGGAAGAGGUUGAGGCCUCUGGUGUCUGCUCAGCCCGCUAAGAAGGCAGCCGUGGGCGAGGCCUUGCUCUUAAAUUCCCCUGCCUUGGGAGCUGAGCCUGUCAAGCCAUCGGCAGUCUUGGUGGAGAGUGGCCCUGUGUCGUACCAUCCUGAGGAGGAUGCAGAUGAGGAGGACGCCGAGGAAGAGGAUGGAGAGCCCUGCGUCAGUGCUCUGCAGAUGAUGGGAGGCAAUGAUUAUGGCUGUGAUGGUGACGAGGAUGAUGGCUACUGAGUGGAACUCAUGACCAGGCAGCAUCCCGGUGCUGGACUCCAAGUGUAUCUGUUUAUAGGUGUCAGAUGGGCUCUGGGCCACGGCUCACAGGCAUGAUUUCUGAGACUCGACCAGUCAAGCACUGCCCCACUUAUUUGAAGCUCUCUUCCCAUGGCCGCACUGUGGACCAUUGUACUUACUAUUGGGAAUCAUGUUUUGAGCAAUGCAAGGGAUAUUUUUUGCCCAGCAAGGGAAACGAGCUGUGUGUUAUGUGUAAUGAAACAUGGUCAGAGAGUA